GCCUUUUAUCGCCGACUGGAGAGCUAUUGGGUGAUCCGAGACUUGCGCGUGGCUAUUGACGUUGACACCCUCGUCUAGAUACUGUCGCACGAGCCUCUCGUCACCCGCACGAGCUGCGUACCUCAAUGCUUCGUCUGGUGUAAUACCAUAGGCUAUCAGCUCGCGCAAUAUGUCGAUGUGGCCGCCAGCCGCGGCCUGAUACUGGGCGGCGGUGAUGCCACAUUGGACGGGCCUAAUGACUGCCGUGGUUCUGUGCUUCAUGCUCCUUGCAUUUGUGAUGCGCUCGCACCUUAGCAAUAUCUUCACAAUAUCAAGACGACCACUACCAACUGCUGUCACUAGAGCGGAUGCAGGGUGUCCUUUCAUGUCGUGGUAGUCCUCAGCUCCGUAAUUGAGCAGAAUCUCACAGACAGGUAGAUGACCUCUCGC